AUGGGGGCACUUCAGUGCACCAUGAGAAAGGAGACAACAGAAGGAGCUCCUGACACAGCCAUUCAACCAUAUCAUCAAACGGGAGACCUCACAGUAGGUGGCAUAACAACCCUAGCUAGUUUCUUGCAGAGUGCCCUAAGUUUCAACGAAGUCCCACCACCACCAUUGCGUGAAGAUUUCAUUUUAGUGCCUAAGAAUUACCAGCACAUCCUGGCCCUGGUAUUGGCAGUGAAGGAGAUCAAUGGAAACCCUCAUCUCUUGCCCAAUGUCACCUUGGGCUUCCAGAUCUAUGACAACCACUUCAGUGCCCAGAAGACCUACCAUGCCACAAUGCUACUGCUUUACACCAUGAAGAGCUUUGUUCCCAGCUACAUCUGUGGCAUUCAGAAUCAUCUGACAGCAGUGAUUGGGGGACUAGAUUCCGAAACCUCCACCAACAUGGCAAAUAUCUUGGAUAUCUACAAGGUUCCACAGCUCAUUUAUGGCUCUGCUCCAGUGAUGAAUGAUAAAACCCCUGGCCUUUCCUUCUUUCAGAUGACCCCAAGUGAAAAACUUCAGUAUGAAGGGAUUCUGUCUUUACUGCUCCACUUCAGAUGGACAUGGAUUGUGGCUGGUGUCAUGGAUAAUGCUAGUGGAGAAAGAUUUUUAGAUAUGAUAAUUCCACUCUUUUCUCAACAUGGCAUCUGCUUUGCCUCCAUAGAAAGAGUUCUCUAUACACAUUCUAUCUAUGAAAUAUCUGCUAUAUUUAAGAAAGCUGCAAAAAUUCAUGAUAAAAUCAUGGAUAGUAAAGCUGACGUCAUGCUUUUCUAUGGAGAAACUUACUCCAUGAUAUUAUUGAGAUGGUUACCAUAUCUAUCAAAUAAACACAAAAUUAUGAAUAUGGCAAAAGCUAAAGUGUGGAUAUUGACAACCCAAAUAGAGUUUAUUGCAACUGUCCAUCAAAGGGAUUGGGAUCCGUAUAUAAUCCACGGUGCUCUGUCCUUCACAAUUCAUGCCAACUAUCCACCAGGGUUCAAAUCAUUUGUUGAAAGCAGAAAUCCUUUCAGCACAGACAAAGAUGGAUUUAUCAGAGAUUUCUGGCAACAGGCCUUCUGUUGUGUAUUUCAUGUGUCAGAUGCUGAUGAGGUAGAUGGCAAUAUCUGCACCGGGAGAGAGAAAAUGGAGAAUCUUCCUGGAAGUUUCUUUGAAAUGACCAUGACUGGUCACAGCUACAGCAUCUAUAAUUCUGUCUAUGCUGUGGCCCAUGCAUUACAUGCCAUGUUCUCAUCUAAAUGGAGACCCAGAGGAAAUGCAGGGAGAGAGGGAUUGAAGCUUCAGCAGCAUGCUUCAUGGCAGCUGCAUCGCUUUCUGAAAGGUCUCUCAUUUAAUAAUAGUGCCAGUGACCAGGUUUCCCUUGACCACAACGGAGAGUUAGUUGUGGGUCUGCAUGUCAUGAACUGGGUUUUUUCUUCAAACCAGUCCUUUGUUAGAGUGAAAGUUGGGAAGGUAGAUCCUGGAGUUCCUACAGACCAAAUGCUCACCAUCAAUGACAGCACCAUAAACUGGCACAGUUGGUUUAAUCAGUCUCAGCCUCUUUCAGCAUGUAGUGAGAGUUGCCGUCCUGGUUCCAGCAAGAAAGGGAAGGAAGGGGAGCCCUUUUGCUGCUACGACUGCAUCCAGUGCCCAGAUGGGAAGAUUUCAGAGAAGGAGGAUAGUAAAGAAUGUUACCCCUGUAGAGAUAACAGCUAUCCAAGCAAGAACCAGGAUUUCUGUAUCCCUAAGACUCUCACCUUUUUGUCUUAUGAGGAACCUUUGGGAAUCAGUUUAGCCUUCUUUGCUCUUUGCUCUUCUCUGGUCUCAGUGAUGGUGCUUGGGACAUUUGUCAAGAACCACCACACUCCCAUCGUCAUUGCCAAUAACCGGGACCUCACCUACCUUCUCCUCCUCUCCCUCCUGCUCUGCUUCCUUUCUGCAUUCCUAUUCAUUGGGCAUCCUGAGAAGGUGGUAUGUCUCCUGCAACAAACUGCUUUUGGGGUCGUCUUUGCAGUGGCUGUUUCUUCAGUGUUGGCAAAAACCCUCACAGUGGUUCUGGCUUUCCUGGCCACCAAGCCAGGAUCCAGGAUGAGGAUGUUUGUGGGAAAGAGACUGUCCAACUCCAUUGUCAUGUCCUGCUCUCUUAUUCAAAUAGGCAUUUGCAUGACGUGGCUGGCAACCUCUCCCCCCUUCCCAGAUGCUGACAUGGAUUCAAUAGUGGAAGAAAUCGUCCUGCAGUGUAAUCAAGGCUCCGUGACUAUGUUCUACAGCGUCCUAAGCUAUUUGGGUGUGUUGGCUCUUAUUAGCUUCAUAGUUGCUUUCAUGGCCAGGAAAUUACCUGACACGUUCAAUGAAGCCAAGUUCAUCACCUUCAGCAUGCUGGUCUUCUGCAGUGUUUGGCUCUCCUUUGUUCCAACCUACUUGAGCACUAAGGGGAAAUAUAUGGUAGCGGUGGAGGUCUUUUCCAUCUUGGCCUCUGGUGCUGGGCUGCUGGGCUGCAUCUUUCUCCCCAAAUGUUAUAUCAUGGUGUUAAGGCCUGACUUGAACAACAGGGACAAAUUAAUGAAGAGAAAGAAAUGCUGAUUUUAAUGCAUGAUGCCCUUUGCUGUGCUUUCUAAUUGUGAGAACAAUAUCAUCUUUCUCCAGAGUCACAAGGCUGCUUAGGGAACUGCU